UUUUAUCGUUGGGCACUGCAAAUCAAGCACUAUGAAGCAGAUCCACUCGGUCGCAAUUUGCUACUGGAUGCGGGCAAUGAGGUGCCAUUGCUGGAACGGCUCUCGCAAAAGCCAUACAUCAAUAACGCCAUCACUUCAUCGCGCUAUACCGUUUACAACUUUCUUCCUCGCCAACUCGCCUUUCAGUUUAGCAAAAUUGCUAAUUGCUACUUCUUGGGUGUGUCCAUUAUGCAGAUGAUUCCUGGUUUGUCGACGACAGGUACGUACACGACCAUCAUUCCGCUUGCCUUCUUCAUUAUUCUAUCAAUGGCACGCGAAGGCUAUGAUGAUUUUCGACGGCACCGGAUGGAUCAAGCAGAAAACAACAAGUCCGUGCAAGUGUACCGUCGAGGUGGAGCAGAUCCUUGGGUUACCAUCAAAUGGUGGCAAAUCAAAGUUGGCGACAUUGUUCGACUCAAGAAGAAUGACUGGAUCCCAGCUGAUUUGUUCUUGUUACAUUCUUUGGGUCAGAAUGGUGUUGCGUAUAUCGAAACGGCUGCACUCGAUGGCGAGACGAAUCUCAAAUCAAAACGUGCCAUUACGCGUAUUGCUGAACACACUGCAUCGUUGGACUUGCUAGGCGACUUCAAAGCCACCUUGCAUUCUGAAUCGCCAAAUCAGGACUUGUACAACUAUGAAGGCACCAUUGAGUUGGGUGAUGAAAAGCUACCCAUCACGAGCGAGCAAAUCAUCUAUCGCGGUAGCAUCAUGCGCAAUACCUCUGAAGCAUGGGCAGCAGUCGUCUUUACCGGUGAAGAAACAAAAAUCCGCAUGAAUGCGAGUAAGAAUGUACGCACCAAAAAGCCAGCAAUCCAAGCCGUCAUCAACCGGAUCGUUGCCAUUAUCGUUUUGUUUGUUAUUGGCUUGGCCAUCUUUUGCACUGUUGGUUACUACAUCUGGCACAGCAAGACGGAGAAGCGGCUCUGGUACUUGGCAUCAGCUCGCCAGCUGACAUUCAUUCAAGUGUUCGUCUCGUUCAUUAUUCUCUACAACACGAUGGUGCCACUAUCCCUUUACGUCUCGCUCGAGAUUGUCAAGCUCAUACAGCAGAUUUUACUGCAGGAAGACAUCGACAUGUACCAUGAACAAAGCGAUACACCAGCAGUGGCGCGCACUUCCACCAUCAAUGAAGAGCUAGGCCAAGUCUCGUAUGUCUUUACCGACAAGACGGGAACCCUCACAGACAAUGAAAUGGUCUUUCGCAAAAUCUCAGUCGCUGGACACGCCUGGUUGCAUGAUUUGGAUCUCCAACGCAGUCGCGCUCACGAGCGUCCAUUCCUGUUGCAUCGCUUGAAGAAGGGAAAAAAGUCAAUCAAGCGUGAUCAACACUUGUUUGGCAGUCGCUCCAACUCUAUUCAUGUUGCUGAAGCAGCUGCACAGCAUCAUCCUGCACCACGCAGAUCGCUGGGCAAUGCGAUGGGUCGUCGCUCAACCUCUAGUUGGCACCAUGCAGCGACUGGUGCAGCAACAGGUCCUGCAACAGGUCCUUUACGUUCAACGCUCGAUAUGCUCGAUUACAUUCAAACGCACCCACACGCUGUCUUUGCGCGUCGUGCACGUUUAUUCUUAUUGUCGAUUGCAUUGUGUCACACUGCAUUGCCAGAAUUCGAUGAAGGCGAGACAAUUCCGCGAUUCAGUGCUGCUUCGCCCGAUGAAUUGGCACUCGUCAAUGCGGCUAUGGAAAUGGGGUACAUUGUCAUUGACCGCUCUGCUCAACAAAUCAAGUUACAAACGCAUCCAAAUGGCUUGGACGAAGAGCCUCUAGAGGAGAUCUAUACUGUGCGCGAUGUGAUUGAGUUUUCAUCAGCUCGGAAGCGCAUGUCGUGUGUUGUUGAGUUUCCAGAUGGUCGACUCUGUCUCUUUUGCAAAGGUGCUGAUUCCUUCUUGAUGGAACGUAUGCGGUUACGUGAUUUGGCAAAACGCAAAUGGCUUGAAGUGGAGCGACAAGCGCAAGAUCGACAAAGUAUGGAAGCUGAGCGUGCUCGGAAAAGCUUAGCUCGACCGAGUGUUGCGUUGUCGCGUCCGAGUAUCUCUGGUAACCGACUUGACAUGAUUCGUGACUUGGAUGCCUUUUUGGAUCGUGCGCGAGAGUCAGUGACACUGGAUGAAGCGGGGCCUAGUGGUGGCAUGCCUGUUAGGCAAUCUAUUCAGCUGACACGACAAUCGAUGCAAUUGACACGGCAUUCCAUGGCGUAUGGUGAGCCGAAAUCACCAUUGCAGCGGUCUGGCGAGGAUACCAUUGAUGAUUUACUCGUUCGCAAUGAAGCUGCCGUUUUUGAGCAAACAUUCAGGCAUCUCCAUGAUUUCGCUGGUGAGGGUUUACGUGUCCUGCUGUAUGGUCACCGUUUCUUGACACCCGAGGAGUAUCGCUCGUGGAAGAAAGUCUACGCUGAAGCACAAACGAGCUUUGAGGAGCGUCAAGCGAAAAUGGAGCAAGCUGCUGAAUUGAUUGAGACGGAUCUGGACUUGACUGGUGCAACGGCGAUUGAAGAUAAGCUGCAAGAAGGUGUACCCCAAACUAUUGACAAGCUGCGACGUGCUGGCAUCAAGAUUUGGAUGUUGACGGGUGACAAGCGCGAGACGGCCAUCAAUAUCGGUCAUUCGUGUGGUUUGAUCAAGGACUACUCUACCACCAUCAUCCUCGACAAGGAAGACCCUGAAAUGGCUGGCAUCAUGGCGACGCGCGUACUAGAGAUCAUUGAUGAAACAAUUGUGCACUCGGUUGUGGUGGUGGAUGGCAUGACGCUCGCCGUUAUUGAGGAGGAUCUCAGUCUGAAGACACUCUUUUUGGAUUUGGGUGUCAAGGCUAAUAGUGUCAUUUGCUGCCGUGCAUCGCCUGCACAAAAGGCAUUGCUCGUGCGGCAUGUACGCAAGCAAGUCAAGGCUUCCAUCACACUGGCUAUUGGUGACGGUGCCAAUGAUAUUGCCAUGAUUCGCGAAGCGCAUGUGGGUAUUGGCAUUGCUGGCAAGGAAGGCUUGCAAGCUGCUCGCACGUCCGAUUACAGCAUUGCUCAAUUUCGAUUCUUACUCAAGCUGUUGCUCUGUCAUGGUCGUUGGAAUUACGUUCGCAUCUCCAAAUAUGUGUUGUGUACCUUCUACAAGGAAAUGCUACUGUUUAUGACGCAAGCGAUUUAUCAGCGAUUUGUUGGGUAUACGGGCACGUCGCUGCACGAGUCAUGGUCACUCACUCUGUUCAAUACGCUCUUCACAUCGCUUGCUGUUAUUGGGAUUGGCGCCUUUGAGCGUGAUCUCAGCUCAGCAACUUUGCUCGCUGUGCCUGAACUCUAUGCCACCAGUCGUCUCGGUAAGGCCUUUGGUAUGCGCUUAUUUAUUGGUUGGAUGGUCUUGGUCGCCUCUCAGUCGGUGAUUGUCUAUUACUUGGCCUACUACGCAUAUGCUUACUGGGUGACCCCUGAUCUGUAUCCCUUUGGCGAUAUGGUCUUUACUGCCUGUGUUGCCAUCAUCAAUAUCAAGUGUCUGUUCCUCGAGAUGCACGUCUGGUCCGUCCUCAACUAUGCCUUCUUCUUCAUCUCCUAUGGUGGCUGGUGGGUUUGGACCAUUGCACAGAGUCUUAUUUUCGGUCACCAGUCCAUCUAUUUCGUGAAGGAUGCGAUUCGCCUACAGUUUGGCCGUCAGCUUGGUUGGUGGGCGGGCUUGCUGAUUGUUACGGCGAUUCCGUUGCUGAUUGAUGUUGCUUUACAAGCGCUUCGAUCUGCAUUUCGGCCGACGGAGGAGGAUAUCUUUAGGGAGUUGCAGCAGGAUUCCGCCGGGAAAGCGCGGCUGGAGGAGGAAGCGGCGAUGGAGCUGCAGAAUGGUUGGAUUGAGGGC